AAAAAACUGAGAGAAUACAAAUAAUUCUGUUUUAUUUCUGAAGUGUUCUUUCCUCCGCACACUAACUUCUGACAAAUUUCCGUUUCCGCUUGGCCCGUUGCCUUGGAAACCAGUACACGCAGAAAUCAUGGCGGUUCUGGCGGGGCUGAACUGCGCACAGAUCACCGACGGUGAGUUCACCGCGGUGGUGUACCGGCUCAUCCGCGAUUCUCGCUACUCCGAAGCGGUGCAGCUGCUGGCCGCUGAGCUGCAGCGCAGCCCGAAGAGCCGCGCGGGUCUGUCACUACUGGGCUAUUGCUACUACCGCCUGCAGGAGUUCAUGCUAGCCGCAGAGUGCUAUGAGCAGCUGAGUCAGCUGCACCCAGAGCUCGAGCAGUACCGCCUGUACCAGGCCCAGGCCCUGUACAAGGCCUGCCUUUAUCCAGAGGCCACUCGGGUCGCCUUCCUUCUCCUGGAUAACCCGGCCUACCACAGCCAGGUCCUCCGCCUGCAGGCUGCUAUCAAGUACAGCGAGGGUGAUCUGCCAGGGGCCAGGGGCCUCAUAGAGCAGCUGCUGAGUGGGGAAGCAGGAGAAGAGAGUGCAGGAGUGAACGACCACGAUGGCCAGGUCAACCUGGGUUGUUUGCUCUACAAAGAGGGACACUAUGAAGCUGCGUGUUCCAAGUUCUUUGCAGCCCUGCAGGCCUCAGGCUACCAGCCAGACCUUUCGUACAACCUGGCACUGGCCUAUUACAGCAGCCGGCAAUAUGCCUCAUCUCUGAAACAUAUUGCUGACAUAAUUGAGCAUGGCAUCCGCCAGCAUCCUGAGCUCGGUGUGGGCAUGACCACUGAGGGCAUAGAUGCUCGCAGUGUUGGCAACACCUUAGUCCUGCACCAGACUGCUCUGGUGGAAGCAUUCAACCUCAAAGCAGCCAUAGAGUACCAGCUGAAAAACUACCAGGUAGCCCAAGAAACCCUCACUGACAUGCCUCCUAGGGCAGAGGAAGAGCUGGACCCUGUGACCCUGCACAACCAGGCCCUCAUGAACAUGGAUACCAGGCCCACAGAAGGAUUUGAGAAGCUACAGUUUUUGCUCCAACAGAACCCCUUUCCCCCAGAGACUUUUGGCAAUCUCCUGCUGCUCUACUGCAAGUAUGAGUAUUUUGACCUGGCAGCAGAUGUUCUGGCAGAAAAUGCCCAUUUGACUUACAAGUUCCUCACACCCUAUCUCUAUGACUUCUUGGAUGCCAUGAUCACUUGUCAGACAGCUCCAGAAGAGGCCUUUGUUAAGCUGGAUGGGCUGGCUGGGAUGCUGACUGAGCAGCUCCGGAAACUCACCAAACAGGUACAGGAAGCCAGAUAUAACAGGGAUGAAGAAGCUGUCAAGAAGACAGAAAAUGAGUAUGAUGAUACCCUUGAGAAAUACAUUCCCGUGUUGAUGGCCCAAGCAAAAAUCUACUGGAACCUUGAAAAUUAUCCAAUGGUGGAAAAGAUCUUCCGCAAGUCUGUGGAAUUCUGCAAUGACCAUGAUGUGUGGAGGCUGAAUGUAGCUCAUGUUCUGUUCAUGCAGGAAAACAAAUACAGAGAGGCCAUCGGUUUCUAUGAACCCAUAGUCAAGAAGCAUUAUGAUAACAUCCUGAAUGUCAGCGCUAUUGUGUUGGCUAACCUCUGUGUCUCCUACAUCAUGACCAGUCAGAAUGAGGAAGCUGAGGAGCUGAUGAGGAAGAUUGAAAAGGAGGAAGAGCAGCUGUCCUACGUUGACCCAGAAAAGAAAAUCUACCAUCUCUGCAUUGUGAACUUGGUGAUAGGGACGCUCUAUUGUGCCAAAGGAAAUUAUGACUUUGGCAUUUCUCGAGUCAUCAAGAGCUUAGAACCCUACCAUAAAAAGCUGGGAACUGAUACCUGGUAUUAUGCCAAGAGAUGCUUUCUGUCCUUAUUGGAAAACAUGUCAAAGCACAUGAUAGUGCUUCGCGACAAUGUUAUUCAGGAAUGUGUGCAGUUUCUAGAACACUGUGAACUUCAUGGCAGAAAUAUACCUGCUGUUAUAGAGCAACCUCUUGAGGAAGAAAGAAUGCACAUUGGAAAGAACACAGUCACAUAUGAGUCCAGGCAGUUGAAAGCUUUGAUUUAUGAGAUUAUAGGAUGGAAUUCGUAGAUAUAGCUGGUUUUGCUUUUUAUUAUAAAGUCUUUAUUACUUGUUAGACAUUCUGUUUUUAUCUGUAUGCUUUUGUAUUUUUACAGUUGUUACAUGUUGAACUUUAUACACUUUAAAAACGUAAUUAAAACCAACAUAUAGGUAUAACUGGUAAUAAGUUUUGUCAAAAUCUGCUGUGUAUUUAACACUAUUAUGCAUUUAUCCCUUGUCAUUUUUGUAUCUUUUAUAUUGAACUUUACAUACUUAAAAUUAUAAUAAGCCUAUGUAAUGUUUGAGGAACUUUUCUAGUAAGAUAAUGUAAAGACUAUAUAAUUUGAUCUGAAAUACAAUCUGCUUCCUUUCUGCUAGUGAUAGUCACCAGAUACUGCCUUUGUAUAACAAUUGCUUCAGUGAUAGCUCUGUAUAAGGAAGUAAUUCUUCGUGUUUUACUUUACUUUGUUUUUUGGUACUGGGAAUCGAAGUCAAGGCCCAGGCAGGCACUCGGUUGCUGAGCUAGACCCCUGGCCAUAAGGGAGUAAUUUUUUUUUUUUUGUCUUUUUUUCGUUUUUAUCGGUACCCGGGAUCAAACUCACGGCGCUUAUGCCACUGAGCUAAAUCCCCAGCCCCAAGGGAGUAAUUCUUAAGAGCAGUUUGAUGCUGGGCUGACCGUGUGGUGUUAGCCAAGAAACUGUUGGGGUACAGUCCUUGGUGAUUGGUAUAUAAAUGUGACCACUUCGCAAUCAAAUAAAAAGAAGUUUUUACUAUCAUGCAACAGA